CGAAAUUGGUGACGUAGAGCACAAGCGGUAGUCAUCGAGUAUGGCGAUUGACUUAAAGAAGAACAAAGAUUCGCUUACUAAAGCGAUAAAUGCCGUCGUCGAUGUUAAAAGCGACACGGAUUGGGUCAUAUUUGGAUAUGAAGGACAAACAUGCACCUUGAAAGUAGUAGAAACUGGAGGUGGUGGAUUAGAUGAAAUGAUAGAUGAUUUAAACAGUAGUAAAAUUAUGUAUGGUUAUUGUCGAGUUAAAGAUCCCAAUACAGACCUCUUUAAAUAUGUUCUUAUAAACUGGCAAGGCGAAGGUGCACCAGAUCAGUUCCGAUUGAAAUAUUCCACUCACUUAAAUGAUAUCAAAAGUUUAUGUAGGUCAAUCCAUGUAACAAUAAAUGCUAGAACAGAAGAUGACGUUGAUAUAGAUAUCAUUACCACUAAAGUAGCCAAAUCAUCGGGCUCCAAUUAUAGUUUUCAUAAAGAAAAAGCUCGACCAGUUGAAGAACCUACUCCUGUUGGAACAAAUUAUAAAAGAACGGUUGCUACUAGAGAUAUAAAUAACAAAUCACGAGAUAAAUUCUGGGCAGGAACAGAGAAAGAUGAGGCUGCAAGAAUUGAAGAAGAAAAGAAAAGAAAGAAUGAAGAAGCAAGUAAAAUGGAUGCUGAACGAAAAGAUAGAGAGUUACGAGAAGCAAAGGCAAGAGAGCAAGCAGUACAGGAUAAAAUGCAAAGAAUCCGAGAACAAAAACGUGCUGAAGAACUUGCUAAUUCCACCAAUAAAGAAGAAGAGAAAAUACGCUGGGAAAGGGAACAAAAAGAAAUAGAGAUGAAUGAUGAACAAAGACGACAAUCACAAAAUAUGGCUCGUAAAGAAAGAACAUCGGAAGCAGCCCAUCUAGUUGGUGGUAAAACAUCUGGUACUAGAUCUAUGUUUGAAGAGAAAUCACGACAAGUACAAGGUGCUGGUAAUACUGGACCUCCUCCUCCAAGAAAACUUAAAAGUACAUUCCUUGAAAACCAGUCAUCUCAGGAAGAACCAGCGAGAAAACAACCAAUACAACUUCCCAGAAGUAAUCCACCAGCAGCACCAACACGUGAACCAGAACCAGAACAAAGUUAUGAACCAGAACCGGAACAGCAAUCAUAUGAACCAGAAGAACAAUCAUACGAACCAGAACCAGAACCGGAACAACAAUCAUACGAACCAGAAAGAUCAUAUGAACCAGAACCUGUUAGUAAUCCUGUGCCUACAGGUUUACCUAAAACAAGAAAUUUAUUAGCAGAAGGUUUACCUAAACGACAAGAUUCUGAUGAUGAGGAGACAGAGGAACAAGAGUGGGAAGAUGAACCACAAGAGACUGUGUCAGCUGCUUCUCCACCAGCAUCAUCACAACCUACAUAUGUUGUAGAAGAAGAUGAUAUACAGACACCAACAGAUAAUGGUGGUGUUAGUACAGGUCUUACUGCUACAGCUCUAUACGAUUAUCAAGCUACUGAUGAAACUGAGAUAACGUUUGAUCCUGGGGAUAUGAUUCUAAAUAUAGAACAGAUUGAUGAAGGUUGGUGGUUGGGUACAGGGCCUGAUGGAAAUCAUGGAAUGUUUCCUGCUAAUUACGUGGAACUUAAUGAGUAACUCGUAUACACAUCAUGACAUUCGUAUAUAUAUAUAUUAUAACUUCUUCAAAAAAAAUUGUUUUAUACAUGUAUUUUUUCCAUGAUGUAAAAAAACAACAUUUGUUUAAAUAUCAUUGUAAAACAAGAAAUUGAUGUGAUCAAGAAAUUAAUGAUUUAAAAUGUGGUUUAUUAACUCAGAGCUGCCACAUAAAUUUCAUUAUAUAACACUGUCCUGUAUGAUAAAUAAAUACAUAACUCUAUCUGUUACAUACACAACUUUAUCUGUCCUGUACACAACACUAUCUGUACUGUACACAACACUGUCUGUCCAUUACACAACACUAUCUGUCCCGUAAUCAGCUCUAUCUGUCCCAUACACCUUUUUGCACUGUACCAUAUCUUUAUAUCCUGUACCAUAUAUCCAUACACCACCCUGUUCAAUACCAUAUAUCCAUAUAAAGCUCUGUCUCGUACCAUACAUCCAUACACUCCAAAUACACAACUCUGUCCUGUACCAGAUACACAAUUCGGUCCUGUACCAAAAACACAAUUCGGUCCUGUACCAAAUACACAAUUCGGUCCUGUACCAAAUACACAACUCUGUCCUGUACCAAAUACACAGCUCUGUCCUGUACCAUAUAUCAGAACACAGUAAAGUUAACCUUAUUCUGGUCUGGUCACAUUAAUUUCAUGACAUAUAUUUUUGUUUUACAAUAGUUUAAUAUCAUGUUCUUAUAAACUAAAGGUAAUACAAUGAAGCUAAAUAAUUUCAACAGUAUUAGUUGCACAAUUAAUCAAGUCUCAAUUACUAUUGAAUAUUGCCAAAAAUUAAAGAAAUUUAUCUGUGGGUUAAAGGUCAAGAAAGAGACAUAAGUAAUAUAACAUAGUGUUAGUUACAAGUAUUAAUAUACUAUGCAAUGUCUCACAAAUGAAUUUCUAUAAAGUCCAAUAUUUUACACCAAUUGUAUAAAUAAUAUAUGAUUAGCACAGUUCAUGUACCCUCCUUUGAGAUAAUGGUACUCGCCAUCGUGAAAGGAUGGCGUCAAAUCUGUAUAUUCAACGAGUUUAUUAAUUGUAACAUGAAAUGGUGUUUGAAGUAUCAAUAUGUUCAAUUUCAUUCUUCAAUUCAUUAUUAUUUCCUAAAACAAUGAUUGCUUGUAUAGUUUAUGUAAUAGGCGUUAUUCUUGCCAAUGCUUUCUAUUAUCUUUGUAUUACAAGUAUAUUUAUUUCUAAAUAUAGAAUUAUUAAAUGUUUUGGCUGCAUUUAUAUAUAGUCCUAUGGCUAUUGAGCAAAUUUUAAAAAAAGCAGCACAAUCUUGGUAAAAAAAAUUAUACCAAUAAUUAAACUGGAGAUAACUACAUAAGUGAUGUUAAAAGGAACUGGUAUUGAUGGAUAAGGCCUGUUAGAAUUAAUCUGGGACCUACUUAAACUUUAAGAUAGCAUCCUGCAUGGAAGCCGCCAUUAUGCUCUACUUAUCAGGACAUGUAAAAUGCAGCCAUGUUUAUUGUACUUGUCUGUAGUGUAUAUGUUUGUCUUCAAUCAUACCAUGUACAAUGUUUAUAUGUUGUUCGGAUCAAAUUAAUUUAUUUAAAACAAUGGAAUCAUAUCAAAAGAAGUAGAUAUAUUUAUACAGAUUGAACCAAAAAUUAUUUGAAGUGCUAAAAAUAUAUCAGUAUAUUAUAUCAAAACAACCGCAAUUAGUUAAUUCGUUAAAAUCAUACACUCAACUAAUAACAACUUUCAAAUUAUGUACUCGAAAAAAUGGAUUUAAAUGUAGAUCAAAUCCAAAUCAAUCGGCCAGUUGUUGGUGGUGUCAGUCUUUUUAAAGAUGAGUUGAAUAGAAAUAUAGGUAGAUGGAAUAAUCCAGCCUCUGAUAGCUCCCGUUCACUGAUCGAUGUAUCACAGACUAGGUCAUUUUGGGACUAACAUAUGGUUCAUUUUUAUUUCAAUAAUUCGCCUGCGUAUAGGGGUCUUUAUCAGUGGGAGGAAACCCGAGGACCUGGUGAAAACCCACAAGUUUAGACAGGCGACCCUACUCCUUGUCACGUACAACCGGGGAGGGAAUCGAAACCACGCCAGUUGACUCAAUGACAGACCUUAUGAUGCAACGCGCCCAUGCUAACUAUUUGGCCAUCCAACCCACCAUCACGAAAUAGAAACUAAAAUCAGUAAUGGCAGUUACGUAUUAAAGUCGACCAAUUUGGAUUAACAUGAAAAAUAAUGUUAGACCAUUAAUUAUGUAUGUACAACAUACUUUUCCAAAUUCAGUGACUUCGAUACCUAGCUGCCAUUACCGAGGUUUUAAAAUUUACUUUUUCGUGUUUGUUCAAAUUGGCCGACUUUGAUUACUGUCAUUACUCACUUCAGUCUCUGAUAUACGACAUAUCAGUGAAUGGCAGCUAGCUAACAAAGGCUGGAUUAUUCAGUUAAACAUACAGGCUGAACAGUAAUUAUAUUAUAAAUUAUGCUUUUUUAAUUGUUGAUGUAUAGAAUGCUUUAAUAGACAUCAGAGAAUACUUUAAUUGUAAAUAUUUUUAACACAAGACUAACUUCUAAAUAAAUUGAUAUUAAUAGCAAAUCAUUACCGUAGCUUGUAGCUUUAUUCCUUUGUUUGUUAAAAUUAUAAAAUGGAUGUUACAGGUUAGGAAUUUCAUAUGAAAUCGUUUAAUCGUGAGAAUUUAUUGUUUGCCUACAAAGAGUCGAUAUCAGUUUAUUUGAGUCUGAUGGCGGUGCUAGUAUUAUACUAAUAUUAUCAUAAAUUUAGAUAUAUAUGUACUGCUGUAACUAUAUAUAGAAUCUCCUACUUGUCUUUUUUGAUAUCAAAAAAUAUCAACACAAGUCGAUAAUUUAAGAAAAACAAGGCUUCGUCAAAAACUUGACGAGUGUUGAUAUUUUUUGAUAUCAUAAAAGACGAGUAGAAGAUUUCAUUUAUCACACAACACUUUCUUACACCACUCGACUUCCAGCACCCCAUAUUAGUCUUAAAAUGAGCAAGUUGCGUUGAGUGUCCACUGAAGUCCAUUGGCUUGCUUCUGUGACUAUUUCUGCUAAGUAAAGGCAUGAGUUAACCCAGGCAGCAGUUAUCCUGUCUCGAUGGCAGUUCUGUUUUUUUCUAAGUGCGUUCUCUAAAGAAAAGAAACUGUUCAUGCAGUGUCACAAAAAUAUAAAACUGUUUUUUGUUUUGUUAUUAAAUUUAUUAUGUUUUUUUUUUUUAUCUUUAUUGCUAUAUUGUAGACCAGUUAGCAUUACUAGUAGAAAUAAAAAUAACCAUUUGGUUAAGAUUAAAAAUAAAUUUGUUUUCAAAAAUUGAAGUUCUGCAAAGAACAGUGAUUUAUUUUUGGCAUUACCUAAUCGAUAUUAAUUAGUGGACAGUAAUUUAGAUAAAUAUUGUAGAUAUUUAGGUAAAGAUGUGAUAUGUAAGAGCUAAAUCUACCUAUUGCAGGUCUUUUUUUGCUGGCUUCAAAUGUUAUAUAAAUUAUUAUUUUGACAUGUAUUCACAUAUGACAAGCCCAUAAUCAGCUCUCUAGAUGACUUUACUAUUGAUUGUUAACAAUUUAAACGAUAAACUAAUGAUGCUGUGCAUUGAUUUUACUUGGCUGUUUAUAUAUUUCUUAUUAAAUGAUAUACAUGCUCAUGUAGGCCUAUCUUUAACUACUGUUAUAUGUGGGCCUAUCUUUAUCUUCUAUUAUAUGUAGGCCUUAAUGUUUAUAUAUUUCUUAUUAAAUGAUGCAUAUGCUCAUCUUUUGUAUUAACUUCUAUUGCAUGUAGGCCCAAUUUUUUUUUUAUCCAGUCGUAUCUUACAGUUUCUACAUCGUUAAAAACCACUAGCAUUGCCAAGAUAGUUUUUUAAAGGGCUCCUAUUUCAGUUAAAUUUACCAGUAUUGACUGACUGGCAGUAAAAUUGACCGACUGUGAGAAUUUGAACCUGUCAGUCAAAUUACAUACCAUGAAAUUACAACUUAAAACAAUUUAAUAGUAAACUAUAAAUAGAGUGUAUAAAACACAUAAAUAUAUUAAUAAAUUUGGAUAAAGCUUAAAAUUGUCAUAUUGGCUAAUCUGGGGUAAUCAAAAUACAUCAAAAAUUGAAAGAUUUAAAAGUGAAAGCUCUGUAUACUUGGCGUAUUAUCAUCAGUAAAUUGAUGGAAAUCUGUCCAGAGUAUCCACAAGUAAGUGAUUUGAUGUGAGCCUGGUGGGAAUAUUUGAUGAUGUAGUUUAUUCUGUAUGACAUUAUAGACAAGAGUUAUCCAGUCCAGGGUCCUAUUCUGGAGGUAAAGAAGACAUAUACGCUGAAUAAGGAUAUCAGUAGGGACCAUUAUUGCUCCAAAGUUGUUCUAGAUGUCGAAAAGAUCUAGUUGAUGAAAAUUGUUCUCGAUGUCGAAAAAAUCGAGGUUUCAAAAUCAUUACUUCUGAACACAUUAUUCAGCACACAUCUUCUAUGUCCUUAUAGAAUGGAGUCUGGGGGAGGAUAACUCUAUCUCUAGAACAAUUAUUACAUGAUGUAUAUUGAUAUUUGCAUGUCAUAAAGAUAAUAUUAUAUUAUUUAUAUUUUAAUAAAGCAAUAAUAAUCUUC